GACGCUUAAUCUACCAAAACAUGAAGACCAAAACCAAAGGAAAGAAGCAAAGGCAUACUGCUGACAAAGAAGCAUUUUCUGGUGAGUCACCAAUGAGUAAAAAAGAACUGGCAAAAUGUUUGCGACACAAAGGAAGAAGGGCUGGGGGAAAGGAGGAGAGCAGCAAGAUCACUACGGCCAGAGCCAAGCAUCCUUGGAGCAGUAAGGACAGGCACUUGAGGAGACUGGAAAGCAACGAGAGGGAGAGGCAGAGGAUGCACAAGCUCAACAAUGCAUUCCAGGCUUUGCGGGAGGUGAUCCCUCAUGUGAGAGCUGAGAAUAAACUUUCCAAAAUUGAGACUCUCACACUGGCCAAAAAUUACAUUAAAUCCUUGACCUCCACUAUACUUAGUAUGUCCAACGGACACUUUCCAGCAGCAGAAGGGAUGGGGGGAGCCUGGGGGUCCAAAUUGUACCAGCAUUAUCAACAGCAACAUGGGGAUGAUGGUCAUGAGGAACAUCUACAGAAAUAUGCCACAUAG